AUGAAGACUACACAAGCCUGCGCUCUCCUCUCGCUCGCCCUCAUGGGCGACGCCUGUCUCCUCCCCGGAGAAGCCUCCGGCGGCCGCAUCGCCCGCCGCCAGGCCACGAGCCCCAACAACACGGGCGUCGCCAUCGGCACGGGCGACCGCUUCGACGGCGGCAAGAAGUUCCCCCGCGGUCUCGGCACCCAGCCCGCCAGCACGAACCUCACCUCCCUCCUCAACGUCGAAGAGAUCAAGAGCGCCGUCAAGGGUCUCGUCCAGGAGUACGACAUUGAGUACUUUGAGUCGCCGUACAAGACGUACCAGAAUGCCUCCUUCUUCGGCGCCAAGAUUGGCGGCGAAGGCGGGAACUGCAGCGACGCGCACCACGUGUACUUCAACGCCGCCAUCCACGCCCGCGAACGCGGCUCGUCGGAUAAUAUUAUCUACUUCAUCUCCGACCUCCUGUACGCGAACAAGCACGGUGAAGGGUUGACGUAUGGGGGCCGGACGUACACCAACGACGAUGUGAAGCGUGCCCUGUCGACUGGCAUCGUCUUCACGCCGCUGAGCAACCCCGACGGCGUGGCAUACGACCAGACCACACACAGCUGCUGGCGUAAGAACCGCAACCCGGCCGCUUCGGGGGGUAAUCCCGAGGCUAUUGGCAUCGACUUGAACCGCAACUUCGACUUUCUCUUUGACUUCCCGAAGAGCUUCGCCCCCAGCGUGGGACCCAACGUCGCUUCAGAAGACCCGACUGACCAGACGUACCACGGCGCCAGCCCGUUCUCGGAGCCCGAGACGCAGAGCAUCAAGUGGGUGAUGGACCAGCACAAGAACGUCAAGUGGUUCCUCGAUAUCCACAGCUACACCGGCGUUGUCCUGUACAACUGGGGCAGCGACGAGAACCAGCUGCGACAGCCGCACAUGAACUUCAUGAACGAGUCGUACGACGCCGUCCGCGGUCUGAUGCCGGACACGCCAUCCAACAACGGCAUCUACGGCGAGUACAUCCCCAGCGACGACUGGUCGGAAAAGGUGUUCGCUGCGAUGCGGAUGGGUAACGCCAUGGACGCCGCCGCCGGUCGCCACUACGAGGUUGAGCAGAGCUCGUACCUGUACCCGACUUCAGGUGCGAGCGACGACUACGCCUACUCACGCCACUUUACGGACCCCUCACUUGGCAAGAUGCACGGCUUCGUGGUCGAAUUUGGGUUUGGUAACGAUGAGGUGGACUGCCCGUUCUACCCGACGCCCAGCCAGUACAACUUGAAUCUGCUCGAGACCAACUCUGGCUUCAUGGAGUACCUGCUCGCCGCGUCUGAUGCCGGCGUUGGCCAACCGGCUUCCUGUACAGCAUGA